AUGCGUCCAGAUAUUGAAAAACCUCUUUCUAUGUCUGCACUACUAAAUGAUAAUGCUACUUUUACCAUCUUGGCAACCAGUGCAUACUUUGGAUCUCAAGCACUCACUCUUCCAAGCAGCACUUGCUUUGGCUUAAGCAGCAGGAAAUGGAUAUUGCCAGACUAUUUUGCUUCCUUGUCCUCUUUGGCUCAAGUGUUUUUCCCUGGAGAUGGAAGGAAAGAACACCUGCCCCUCGAGGAAGGAGGAAGUACCAAAAAGACGGGGGCUCGCAAGGAGCGUGCCCUGCCAAAGAUCGCCCCUGCCGGAGGCAUCAUCAGCCUCAAUGCGGCUCAGCUUGCCGCCGCUGCUCAGGCCAUGCAGACCAUCAGCAUCAAUGGGGUGCAAGUUCAGGGCGUCCCUGUCACCAUCACCAACACCGGAGGCCAGCAACAGCUGACGGUGCAAAACGUUUCCGGCAACAACCUGACCAUAAGCGGCCUGAGCCCCACCCAGAUCCAGCUACAGAUGGAGCAGGCACUUUCGGGGGACCUGCAGCCUGGGGAGAAGAGACGGCGGAUGGCGUGCACCUGCCCUAACUGCAAGGAUGGAGAAAAAAGGUUGGGGGAUCAGGGUAAGAAGAGGCACAUUUGCCAUGUGCCCGAAUGUGGGAAGACCUUCCGCAAGACCUCUCUGCUGCGGGCCCACGUGCGCCUGCACACAGGAGAGCGUCCGUUCAUUUGCAACUGGGUCUUCUGUGGGAAGCGGUUCACACGCAGCGAUGAACUGCAGCGGCAUGCCCGGACACACACAGGUGACAAGCGUUUUGAGUGUGCCCAGUGCCAAAAGCGGUUCAUUAGAAGUGACCACCUGACGAAGCACUAUAAAACCCACCUGGUCACCAAGAACUUGUAGGGCUGGAUGCAACCAGAAGAUACAGGGGAGCCAUCCCAGGGGUUUUGGUGACCCUGUUGCUACGAGGGGUCAAAGGACAG